AUGUUCGUUCCUAUACCAUCAUUUGCUGUCGCAGCAAUGGACGCCCCCCUCCUGGUUGAGUCAAUGCUCCCAUCCCCAAAUCGGUCCUCGUCUGAGGAUUCAUUUGGGCUGAGAGUCCUUUGCGAACCAUGGCCUAUUAUCCCCGAUCUGGGAUUAGAGUCUUCCAUUGUAAAUCGAAUUCGAGUACUGGAAGCCGCUAAUUCCCCCUUUCUGCUUGGAAAGGAAAAAGGGGAAUAUUGGGCAGAGAUAAAAGAAUCUCUAAGAAAUUCUUCUUACCAAAGGGAGUAUUAUAGGGGUCUUGAUUUCGAAAAUCGAGAUCUACUAAUACGGGAACGUAAACACUCAUGUUAUGAAGUGUUUCGGGAAAUCCUUUUAAGGAACCCUUCUUUGGAAGAAGCGGCGGCCUACCCUCCUCAAGAAAACUUUAUUUCCUUCUUGAACGAGAAGCGGGACGCCCUAGACGUUUCCCACCCCGGGCACAGCCCGGCGGAAGUAGACCGUCUGGAGAUCUUAUUUCUAAAGGAGGUGGAAAAAGACCUUGUCAAAAAUGGGAGCGGAUCGAUCCAUAUCAUUGGAAAUUUGAAUUGA